CGGAGCUGACGCGCGAGACAGCUCAGCGAGCCUCGGACGCCACCGCGAUCGAACGCGCGAGAGUAUCGAGGACUAAACGAUGAGCUUCGCCAUGACCGCGAGCGCGUCCGCCGCGACGGGCCGCGCCCAGCCCGCGAGAAUGGCCGCGGGCGUGCGCACGAAGGCGGCCUCCGCCGUCGCGCGAUUGAGCGCCUCGAAGAUCGACGCGAAGCGCGGCGGCGUCGCGGCGACGGCGGUGGCGAGCGGAUCGCCCCGACUUCAACCGCGCGCGGAGAUUUCUUCGAUCGAUCGAUCGAAGAGAGGGGUGGGCGGCGCGCUCGCGAAAGCGACGAAGCCGCUCAAAGCGCUCGCGUGUGGCAUCAUCGGCGUCACCACGGCGUUCACGAUCCAGCCCAUGCACGCGCUGCAGCUCGCGUUCGGCGGCGGCGGAGGCGGGGACGCGAACGGCGGCGGCGGAGGCGGCGGAGGCGGAGAGAACAACCGCUUUUUGGGCUCCGUGCUCGCGACCAACCUCCCGACCGGACCGGGCAUCCCCACGAAAGCGGAGCUCUUCGGCGGGUUAAACGCGCGCAAGGGGAACGAAGUCAGCAAGGACGACCUCUCCGCGGACCUCGAGGCGCUCCUGAACACCGGCCUCUUCGCCAACGUGGACGCUAACGUCACGCCGAAGGGAAAGGAUGGCUACGCGGUGGAAUUCGUCUUCCGCGAGAAGAUCUGGCCGGGGGUGCAAACGUUCAAGGUCAAGGGCGCGACCGCGCUUCCGCCGGAGAUUGAAAAAGAGGUCCUGACGCAAGUCCGCAAGCAGUCGUCGUGCACCGUGCGCGUCCUCGCGACGAUGAAGAACAUCAUCGAGGGGUACUACACGAGCAAAGGGCUCACCUUUGGCACCAUCUCGCACUUUGACGGGAUGGAAACCGGCGACGUCAUCGCGCACGUCAUCGAGGGCGAGAUCACGCGCGUCAAGGCGGUGUUCCUGGACGACCAGAUGCAGCCGGUGAACCGCGGACGGACGCACCCGAGGGUGAUCCAGCGCGAGCACAACUUCCAGGUUGGCAAGCUGUACAACGUCGAGGACGCGAAGACGGCGUUGCGGGACAUUUUCCUCCUCCAGCUGUUCGACAACGUGCAGGUGGUCCCGAGGCCGGACGAGAGAGACCAGAGCAAGGUCCAGGUGGACAUCAUGCUCCGCGAGAGGCCGGUGAAGACCGCGGAGAGCGAGCUCGAGUGGAGCAUCGCCCCGGGCGAGGGCGGGAAGCCGGACCUCGUGUCGAUCAAACCCGGCGGGUCGGUGUUUUUCGAGCACCGCAACCUCGACGGGUGGGGGCGACAGCUGUACGGCUCCGUGUCCACCGCGAACUUCCUCCAGCCGCAGGACGACCUCGGAUUCAAGCUCGAGUACCACCACCCGUACGUCCUCGGGGACGGCGACCCGGACAAGACCGGGUUCAAGACGUGCGUGUUCAACUCGCGGAAGCUGUCUCCCGUCUUCACGGGCGGGCCGCUCAUGGACGAGGUGCCCGCCGUCUGGGUCGACCGCGCCGGGGCCAAGGCGACGGUGACGCAAAACUUCACGCGCCAGAGCAAGGCGACCGCGUCCGUGGUCGUCGAGGAGGUCACCACGAGAGACGAGAGCGGCGCGGUUGUUGGCCAAGGCGCGAAGCAAGGCGCCGGCGGAGCGCUCUCCGUCGACGGUCCCCCCACGACGCACAGCGGCACGGGCACCGACCGGCUCGUGUUCUUCCAAGGCGGCCUCACGCGCGAUACGACGCACUUCGUGAACGGCACCCCGGUCGGCGCGCGCGACAUCUUCAACGUGGAUCAGUCGAUCGGCCUCGGGUCCGGGUUCCCGAUCUACAACCGAUUCACCGCGGGGUGCACGCGUUUCAUUCAGCUCGGAAAAGAGAGCGCGAAGACGUCGCGGCCGCCGCCGGUGCUCGUCGCGCACGCGCGCGGCGGCGCCGUCGUCGGCAACUGCGCCGCGUACGACGCGUUCACCCUCGGCGGCCCGCACAGCUGUCGCGGGUACAACGUCGGCGAGCUCGGCGCGUCGAGGAACUUUUUGGAGUACGCCGCGGAGAUUAGAGUGCCCGUGCCGGUGCUGAACACGCACGCCUUUGCCUUUUGGGAGCGGUGCACGGACCUCGGGUCUUCCAAGGACGUGAAGGGGAACCCGACGGAGUAUUACCGCCGCGCGGGGAGUGGGAGCAGUAUGGGCGCCGGCAUCAAGCUCGGGCCGGUGCGCGCGGAGUACGCGACGGACGGAAACCAGGCGAACGGCACCGCCUUCGUGCGGUUCGGCGAGCGGUUCUGA